AUGGCCAACACUCCCCACGGUGGUGUCCUGAAGGAUCUCCUCGCCCGCGAUGCUCCCCGCCAGGCUGAGCUCGCCACUGAGGCCGAGACCCUGCCCGCUGUUGUGCUUUCCGAGCGCCAGCUGUGUGAUCUCGAGCUGAUCAUGAACGGAGGUUUCUCUCCUCUCGAGGGUUUCAUGAACCAGGCCGAUUAUGACGGCGUCUGUGAGGACAACCGCCUUGCCGAUGGCAACGUCUUCUCCAUGCCCAUCACCCUCGAUGCCAGCCAGAAGGUUAUCAGCGAGAACAAGCUCCAGGCUGGUUCCCGUAUUACCCUGCGUGACUUCCGUGACGACCGCAACUUGGCCAUCCUGACCAUUGACGACAUCUACCGCCCCGACAAGGCCAGAGAGGCUAAGCUCGUCUUCGGCGGUGACCCCGAGCACCCUGCCAUCAAGUACCUGAACGAGACCGUUGAGGAGUUCUACAUUGGUGGAAAGGUCGAGGCUGUCAACAAGCUGAACCACUACGACUAUGUCGCUCUCCGCUACACUCCCGCGGAGCUGCGCGUCCACUUCGACAAGCUGGGCUGGUCCCGUGUCGUCGCUUUCCAGACCCGUAACCCCAUGCACCGUGCUCACCGUGAGCUUACCGUCCGCGCGGCCCGCUCUCGCCAGGCUAACGUCCUGAUCCACCCCGUCGUCGGUCUCACCAAGCCCGGUGACAUUGACCACUUCACCCGUGUCCGCGCCUACGAGGCUCUCCUCCCCCGUUACCCGAACGGCAUGGCCGUUCUGGGUCUGCUCGGUCUGGCUAUGCGUAUGGGUGGUCCCCGUGAGGCCAUCUGGCACGCCAUCAUCCGUAAGAACCAUGGUGCCACCCACUUCAUUGUCGGCCGUGACCACGCCGGUCCUGGUUCCAACUCCAAGGGUGAGGACUUCUACGGUCCUUACGAUGCCCAGCACGCCGUCGAGAAGUACAAGGACGAGCUCGGCAUUGAGGUCGUCGAGUUCCAGAUGGUUACAUACCUCCCCGACACCGACGAGUACCGUCCCGUUGACCAGGUCCCCGCUGGCGUCAAGACCCUCAACAUCUCCGGUACCGAGCUCCGUCGCCGUCUGCGCUCCGGCGCUCACAUCCCCGAGUGGUUCUCUUACCCCGAGGUUGUCAAGAUCCUGCGCGAGUCCAACCCCCCUCGUGCCGCCCAGGGUUUCACCAUCUUCCUUACCGGUCUGUUGAACUCCGGCAAGGACGCCAUUGCUCGUGCCCUCCAGGUUACCCUGAACCAGCAGGGUGGCCGCUCUGUGUCCCUGCUGCUGGGUGACACCGUCCGCCACGAGCUCUCCUCCGAGCUUGGCUUCACCCGCGAGGACCGUCACACCAACAUCCAGCGCAUUGCCUUCGUCGCCACCGAGCUCACCCGCGCCGGUGCCGCCGUCAUCGCUGCCCCCAUCGCUCCCCACGAAGUCUCCCGCAAGUACGCCCGUGACGCCGUCUCCCAGGCUGGUUCCUUCUUCCUGGUUCACGUCGCUACUCCCCUCGAGCACUGCGAGAAGACCGACAAGCGUGGUAUCUACGCCGCCGCUCGCCGUGGCGAGAUCAAGGGCUUCACUGGUGUCGAUGACCCCUAUGAGACUCCCGAGAAGGCUGACCUCGUCGUCGACUUCUCCAAGCAGAGCGUGCGUAGCAUCGUCCACGAGAUCAUUCUCAUUCUCGAGAGCCAGGGCUUCCUGGAGCGUCAGUAA